CACAUUGCAAUUUGCGUUAUUAGUAGUACAUAUAAUGCCCAAACUCAUGUAGAAUACAGCCCGAAACCUAAGUAUCAUACACAAGGGUCUCUAAUUUGGCGAGGUUCCCAGCUGAGAAGGAAUGGAGCCAUUAAUCAAGUUAUCUUGAAGACAAAGAACUUGCAAAGAGGUUAAAUUAGAAAGAUGAGAAAAAAUUGGCCAAAUGAGCGAGGGAGGGAUGGAAAGGUAACUAUUGAUGGCCUGUGCAGCAGCGUCAUCGAGAGAUUGACAGUAAUAUCAAGAAGAUUUGUUCGUUUGUAGAGAAUAAGGAGGAUAAAUUGAAAAUUAAAAGUGUGAUUAGGGGCAAUUUUUUUAGGGUUCAUAAAUUUUACCCCAACCCUUUUAAAACCCUUAUAAUUAAGGGUUGGAUCAGGGUCCCCGAUAUUUGACUAGCAGAAAACUGUGAAAUGAAUUCAGGUUUCACAACACAGCCAUACCCAAAUGAUGCAAUUCCAUUGAAUUCCACCCAACAAAACUCAGUUUCUACCCUUCUAAUUCGUCAUCUUCCAGAAGCUAUUCCUUUUGACACUCUUUCUCGUCUUUUCUCUCAUUAUGGUGCUCUUUCUGUUCGCCCUUGUUCUUCCGGAAGGUUAAGAAACUGUGCUUUUGUAGACUUCAAGGAUGAACUUGCUGCUUCGCAGGCACACCGUCAACUAAAUGGGUUACGAUUUCUUGGUAAGGUAUUGUCUGUGCAAAAAUCAUAUAAGUCUUCAGAGGAAAACAAGAAUGUUGGAGGUGAACCUGGAAAGAAUGCGCUGAAUUUUUUGAGUAAGGAUAAUUCAGAGAGUAGAAAAGUGAAAGAUGGUUCCAGGUCAGCCAGCCUGGUUGCUGCUGAACCUAUUGCAGAAAAGCUUGGAGUGAAUUAUCCAUUUCCUCCGCAUUUAGAGUAUGCUUAUCCUCCACCGGACGGGAAUAUACUUACAAAUAUUGUUAAUGCUCUUAUAGCUGUUCCUCGAUUUUAUACUCAGGCUUUGCACUUGAUGAACAAAAUGAACAUUCCAGCUCCAUUUCGGAUGGCGCUUCCCACUCCUCCUUUACCAUCUGCACCAGCCCCACCUCUUCCUCCGUUGCCCUUGGUAACUGAAAAACCUCAUCCUGGAAAUCUGUCCAGUGAUGAGUCAGAAAUGGAAACUUCGGAUGAGGAGCAUGAUGGAGUUGAACAUCCAAAAAAACGGAUCAAACGUGAAGUUAUUGUCGGCCCUGGCAUAGAUAAGGAUGUGUCUCAUGAGGCUGUUGGACUUAAACCUGCCACUUUGGUUCCAAAGGAAAUUCCAAUUAUUAAAAAGAAAAAUCCUGUAUUACAGAUCAAAAUUGCUCCCAAGAAAGUUCAGCACGAGGUUAAUGAUGAUACACAGGUAAAGGAACCUGAAAAGCUGGAUUCUUCAGAUGCUGCAUCAUAUGCAACUAUUGAACAAAUAGAAAGCCAAAAGUUGCCUCCUGAAGAGAUAUUAUCACUCCCAAUGUUCAAGAAUUACACUGCUGGGAGUCCUGCCUCAGUGCUGUACAUAAAGAACUUGGCAAAGGACGUGGUUCCAGAUGAUUUUUAUUUUAUUUUUGGGUCAUUUUUUGGGAGCAUUGAUGCUGCUAGAUCUAGUCUCAGUGUGAAAUUAAUGCAGGAAGGAAGAAUGAGAGGCCAAGCAUUUGUGACGUUUCCAUCGAUUGAAUUAGCACACAGUGCUCUAAAUAUAGUGAAUGGCUAUGUUUUCAAAGGCAAGCCAAUGAUAAUUCAGUUUGGUAGAAAUCCGGCGGCUGGCAAAACAAGUUGAACUUGAUACCCUUGGAAUCGGAAGCUUUUGACACAUUUGAAUGUUGUUGAUUGUGCAUCGACUAUGGACCGCUUAAUGUUACUCGAUCAUUUUCAUCGGAGGCUCGUUCAAAAUAACGUGUGGAAUAUUGAUAAUUAAAAAUGAGUAUUUUAAGCACGAAAAUGAAUGUUUUGAGUUUAUCCAAUGUUAUCUUUUACUCCCAUUUUGACUUAUGAACUUUGAAUAAACUCUAUAGGAGUAUUAUUUAAUGUUUCAUUGGUCUCUUCAAUACGAGCUUUUAGUAUGUAAGAGCAAACUCAAAGGAAUAAAGAGAGUAGUUCUAAUUGAGUC